CGUCACCAUUGAAAUAUAGAGACACAAUGAAAUCAGAAAUGUGCCCCUUCUCGCCUCUGCGUUUAAUUUAAACACCACAAUGUGAUGCAUUAGAGGCCCUCCUUCUCCUUCCAAUCUAUUGUAUCAUAACAUCAUAUCAUAAGAAUACAUACAUACACAGGGAGAGGGAGAAGGAGAGGGAGAGGGAGAGGGAGGAAUCAGCGCGAAUGGGCAUAAUAUCUGAAGAUGCAGUUGUGAUUAAGGAAGCAGAGGGAUUAGGGGGUGAGACAAUAAUCACGAUUAGUUGCCCUGACAAGAUUGGCCUUGGAUGCGACCUCUCCAGGGUCAUCUUGUUAGCUGGCCUCAACAUUGUCAGAGGAGAUAUUCAAACUGAUGUUAAAUGGUGUUUCAUAGUUUUCUGGGUGACUGGGAAGCCAAUAAUAAGUUUGAAUUUGCUGCGGCAAAGGCUUCUUGAAGUCUGCCCACUAUGUACUCCGGCAGCAUCUGGUAUUUACUAUUUUCGACCGGAGGUUCAGGAGCCCAAGCCAAUGGAGAUCUUCUUGUUGAAGUUUGGGUGCUCUUAUGGCUGGACGGGGCUCUUACAUGAUGUUGCCAAAGCACUUUGUCAGUUGGAGCUCGGAAUCAAAUUAGUGAAAGUAUAUGCUGCACCAGACGGGAUGCUAAUGAACCUCUUCUAUUUGUACGACACAAGGAAACUUCUUCACACUGACAUGAGACAAGAGGAAGCGAUUAACCAUUUGAAAUCUGUGGUGGGGGAUGCCAUGAUUAGCUCCGAGACUGAGCUCGCUCCUGCUGAAGUAACCGCGUGUUUACCAACUCCUCUUCCACCCCCGCUUACAGAAAGCAAGUUUAGCUUCGAGAUGUAUGAUGGCCAGUCGAGCGGGGUUCCUUCUGCAGACGCUGUUUCUUUGUUGGUUGACAACAAACUCAGCCGCUCCCACACGUUGCUUCAAAUAUCCUGCCGGGAUCAGAAAGGUCUCAUCUAUGAUAUCAUGCGUGCGCUCAAAGGUUACAACUACCAGGUCUCUUACGGGCGAUUCUUUACAAAUGGAAAAGGAUAUUGUGAGGUGGACCUAUUUAUAAUGCAAGAUAGGAAGAAGAUACUUGACCCUGAGAAGCAAAACACUCUGUGUGCUCGAUUGCGCUCAGAUCUUGCCUGUCCACUCCGAGUGGACGUGUUUAUCAGGGAUAAUGCGACCGAGAUCUUAGUAGCCAACCCAGUUGAAUUGACUCGUAAAGGGCGCCCCCUCUUGUUCUAUGACAUCACUUUGGUUCUCAAGAGGCUUAACAUCUACAUCUCUUCGGUGGAGACGGGCAGGCAUCGGGUUCAUGACCGUGAGUGGGAAGUGUUCAGGAUCGUGGUCGAUGAAUCAGACAGCUCCAACUUGCCAAGGCACAAGAUCAAAGAAUGUGUGAGGAACAUGUUGAUGGGCUGGGAUGCCUUGGAGCAACCUUAAAACCCGAGGCAACCUUAAAAGUCGAGGUCAGAAUCCCAUCCACCCGCACCCAACAGAGGAUCAUCCCCAAGUUUAGCAUACAGUAUCUUUCAUCUCUCCUCCAUUCCUCUUCUCCUUGUACAUUUCCCAUUUUCGCACCAUUAGCACUCCCUUCCUGGCUCCCUGCUAUCAGUGACUGAACCGCUAUCGCGAAUUUUGUACACGCUAAGCGUCUGCCCGGGCCUGCUGUUAGUCUGUUGCAUCCUCCAAACAUCUGUAGCCAUCUCUAGCUGGGCACAGAAUAUCUUCACAGAUGUUGUAAUAUGUAAAGUCAUCUAUGAAAAGUGACUUUAUACUUUAUACUUUGGCAUUUGUUAUCUUCAGAGUUGGAAAUUCAUUUCCUUUUACUAAAAUGUAACUCGUGUCAAAUUUUUUGCAUCGAAUAGUGUAUCGUGACUUAUAUAAAUGUUACAUAUCUAAGAUCUUUAUUGUU